AUGGCGAAUUUAGGUGGAGGUCACUUGGUCGGCAAGGCCUUGAAGGUGAUCAGAUUUGCCGUCGAGAAGACUGGAAGGGUCUUACAUGAUAGACUUCCACAAGUUGCACGGGCAGCUGAAGUAGAAGCGCAACCAGUCUAUGCACGCAAUACCGCACCGCAUCACCCAAUCAGUCGUGUCGCCGCUAUCCGACAGAGCCAGAGCCAGUAUCGGAGCCGGUGGUAUUCAACACAACGGGCUGUCAAGUCAUCCUUUCGGCCAUUCUCCUCAUCGACACGAUCAACCACUAGAUAUGAUCGCACAGCUCUACCUACCUCUCAAACCAGCCAAGCCGUCAGUCGCCUGACCUCCCGUGCACCUUUUGCUUCGUCUCUCCGUCCUAACCUGACUGGUGGAACGCUUUGUCGUUCAGCAGGCGGCUACAGCACGGGGGCUGGUCGUAUUGGUGGUGCAAGAUACUUUUCCCAUACACCUGCUGCUCCAGCGCAAGUCGUCAAUAACGUGUCACAAGCUGUGCGAGCCUUUUGGUUGUCUGGCCAAAAGGCUCAAUUCGAUGGAAUGAGCCCAAGGAACGAAAAGCGCUUCAGGACAAUCAGUCCACUUCAAGAAAAAGCAGGCCGGAAGAUGCGCUGUCUCCCAGCUGCAGCUCCAGGAUCUUAUGUGGAUUUCAAAGUUGCACCGACCAUUACAGCGAUCGGUCCUCUCAGCAAGAAUCCUGCUGCCGGCUCUGCGCAAGAUCAGGAGUCUCUUAACAAUUCAUAUGUCAUGGAUAUGCUUUCCAUUGACUUUGGUCGAGCUCUCAAAGACCUGGCAAUUGUCAUGAAUGAUCUGCAGAAGCUCUCAAACCUCGGGGACCUUCCGAUAUACCUGCCAAACAGCUCAACUCUUCGUGUCCGAUUUCCCGGUUGUGAUGCUGAGACAGUGGAUCGACUAUGCGAGGAGCUUAGCAUUCGUCGAGGCUUGGUAUAUCAGGAUGAGAACUUCGAUGCGAGCAAUGGUACAGAGAUGGCCUUACUGUUCCCUUUUGCACCCAGUCAUACACCGUCGGACAACACGUUUUCGCCAAAGGUUGAAGUACGCCAAUGUUGGAAGCAUGACUCCGUUGAUUGGCAAGAUAUGCAAUCUCCUCGACAGCAGUUGUCCCCGAAGCAUUCUAUACUCUCUGCCACAAGCCAUGAUUUUGAAGAAGUCCAGGCUGUUGGGGAGAACCCGUGGCUAAUGUCGCCUUCGGGUUAUUCAAGCUUGAAUGGAAGUGGUGAAGGCGAUGCAACUAUUUACUCCGACCAUGCCGCUCAAGACCAUAUAACAAGGCCAUCAGGAUAUGAAGGGCUUGAAGGUAUCUAUAGGUUCUUGGAGGAAUGUGAUCGUGCAAGGCGAUGA